AUGGAUCCUUCAUAUAGAUUCAUAAAAGAGGAGUUUCCUACAGGAUUCAAUGAUUCUCCAUCACCACCAUCUUCUUCAACUCCCUCUUACUUCUAUUCAACCUCCAUGGCCCCUAAUGAUCCAACUACAUUGAGCUCUCCUCAACCAAUAGAAGGUCUCCACGAAUCAGGGCCACCUCCAUUUCUGACAAAGACAUAUGAUUUAGUGGAAGAUUCAAGAACCAACCAUGUCGUGUCUUGGAGCCAGGCCAGUAACAGCUUCGUCGUCUGGGAUCCACAAGCCUUUUCCAUGACUCUCCUCCCAAGAUUCUUCAAGCACAAUAACUUCUCUAGCUUUGUUCGCCAGCUCAACACAUAUGGUUUCAGAAAGGUGAAUCCAGAUCGAUGGGAGUUUGCAAAUGAAGGGUUUCUUAGAGGGCAAAAGCAUCUCCUCAAGACCAUAAGGAGAAGAAAGACAAGUAACAAUAAUAAAAUGCAACAACCUCAAUCAUCUUCUCAACAACAAUCACUAGACAAUUGUUGCAUAGAAGUUGGUAGGUAUGGUUUAGAUGGAGAGAUGGACAGCUUGAAGCGAGACAAACAAGUGCUGAUGACGGAGCUAGUGAAAUUGAGACAACAACAACAAAACACCAAAAUGUAUCUUACAUUGAUUGAAGAGAAGCUCAAGAAAACUGAAUCAAAACAACAACAAAUGAUGAGCUUCCUCGCCCGCGCAAUGCAGAAUCCGGAAUUCAUUCAGCAGCUAGUCGAUCAAAAGGAGAAGAGGAAGGAGAUUGAAGACGCAAUCAGCAAGAAGAGACAAAGACCUAUCGAUCAAGGUACAAGAAAUGUGGUUAAUGUGGAGGAUUAUGAUGAUGAUGGUGGUGGUGGAGGUGGUAGUUAUGGAAGGUAUAUGAACGAUGCUGGAUCCUCCUCGGCAUUUGUUGAUAUAAAGCAAGAAACAUAUGGAGUCAUAUCUCAAUUCGAGAUGUCAGAAUUGGACAGACUUGCUAUGCACAUUCAAGGACUUGGAGCUCAGUCCGAUCAGUCCAAUAAGGAAGAUAUAUUGGAUCUGGAAAAGGGAAAUGAAGUGGAACAACAACAAGAUGGGUUCCAAAAGGAGAACAACGAUAUUUAUGGUGAAGGUUUUUGGGAAGAUUUGCUAAAUGAAGGUCAAAAUUUUGAUUUUGAAGGAGAUGAAGAAAAUGUUGAUGUGCUAAUAGAGCAACUUGGUUAUCUGGGUUCUGAUUCACAAUAA